AUGACCAAAACACAGCUAACACCUUUCCGUUUCGCGUCUCUAGCACCUCCAGCCGAUCGCCGCCCGCUCGUCAUCUCCGGGCCCUCGGGCGUCGGCAAAGGCACGUUGAUACAGCGCCUAUUCAAGACGCACCCCGAGACAUUUACUCUCUCGGUAUCGCACACGACACGGGCGCCCCGGCCCGGCGAGGCGCACGGCGUCGACUACUUCUACGUGACGAUGGCCGAGUUCGAAGAGCUGAUCGCAGUCGACGGCUUCGUCGAGCACGCCCAGUUCAACAGCAACCGCUACGGGACGAGUAAGGCGACGAUCGAGGAGCAGACGACCAAAGGCAAGGUCGUUGUGCUUGAUAUCGAGAUGGAGGGCGUGAAACAGAUAAGACAGAGCAGCAUAGACGCGCGCUUCGUCUUCAUAAAGCCGCCGAGCUUCGAGGCCCUAGAGACGCGGCUUCGGGGCAGGGGCACCGAAGAUGAGAACUCGAUAACCAAGCGUUUGAAUCAGGCCAAGAAAGAGCUCGAGUAUGCUGACACACCCGGCGUUCACGACCUCAUCAUCGUAAAUGACGACCUCGACGUUGCGUACAAACAGCUCGAGGACUACGUCUAUAAGCCUCUAUAA